AUGUAUAGUGUGGUGUUUGUUGUCACUAUGCUGGCGUUGUGUACUGCGUUGCGUGAGCAGUCGUACGCCGUCAAAGGCCGACUCAUCUGCGGAACUGCACCAGCUGCCAACGUCAGGGUGAAGCUAUACGACACCGACACCGGUCUCGAUCCAGAUGACUUGCUUAGCCAAGGUUACACUGACGUUAAUGGAGAUUUUUCUUUAUCUGGAGGGACCACUGAGACAACUAUGAUUGAUCCUCUUCUCAUAAUUUAUCAUCAAUGCAACGACGUAACCGCAGUAGGAGGUCUGGCUAAGCCUGGCAGUCGCAUGGUAUCGUUCAGACUUCCCAGUAAGUAUAUAACCAACGCGAGAGUACCUACGAAAACCAUGGAUAUCGGGGUAUUGAACUUGGAACUGGCCUACCACGAAGAAGGACGAGUUAUGAUAGUUAGCUAG